AACGCCCACAGGGCACACUCUCCUGGCCAGACAGCAAGAACCAGACCAGAGACCACUUCGCCGUCGUCCUCACUCCCCCAGCUCGCGUUCCCACCUCUGCCAGCCAGAUCUCGCCGCCGCGAUGGGCUCCGCGCACUCCUCCCACUCCUCCGUCUCCACCGCCGGCGGCGAAGACGAGGAAGACGAGGAGCCCUCCGCUGCCACCGCCGUAUCCUCCUCGGGCCCACCCGCGCCACCGCCUGCCCUGGCGCCGGCGCCGGUGCGCGUGCCACCGGCGUCCGCGUCCAAGGUGCUGAAGCAGGAGCCAGAGGUGCUCCCAUGCCGCGCCGCGGACUCCCCGCUCUCGCCGCAGCCCUCGGCCGCCGGGACCCCGCGCCUGCUUGGGGCCCCUGGCAUCAAGGUCUGGGACCCCUGCCACGUCCUCCUUCCGCCGCCGUCGCCUCAGCAGCAGGGGAGGGCAACCGAGGCCGCCGCAGUGGAGAUCGUGGUGGUCAGCCACGGGGAGUGCGCAGCCGCGAUGCGCCCGGACCUCGUCGGCGGGCGGUGGCCCGCGGCGUCGCUCACGGCGCGCGGGGAGCGCCAGGCGCGUGCGCUCGCCGUGUUCCUGCACUCCCGCGGCGCUCGGCUAGCCGCGGCGUACGCGUCCCCGCUCGACCGCGCUCGUGCCACCGCCGCACUGGUCUGCCGGGAACUUGAUUUCCCGGAGGAGCAGAUCCAACUAUCAGAUGCUUUGACUGAGAUGAGUCAAGGUCAGUGGGAGGGCUGCCCAAAAUCAGAAAUUUAUACUCCGGAAAUGGUCAAUCUGAUGGAAAGCACCCAACCUGAUUUCUCAGCACCAUCUGGGGAGUCACUCAGGCAGGUACAGUUUCGGAUGAUGGAAUUCCUCAACCGGACAGUCCUAAGGCUACCAGAAAAGGUGGCAAUGGGGGACACACUAUCACAACAAAAUGAGCCAAAGGGGUUCUCUCGGCAGAGCUCCACCAAUUCUGUCCAAGAUGGCCCUCCUUGGGAUGUGCUUUACAGGCUCAAUCGACAUAGCCUCCAAAGAAAGAAAUCAGGGAAAAGUCGGCUCCAAUUUGUCACUUCUGUGGACAAUGAACCCGAUGAUGACUUCUCCCCUAAAGAUAUAAACCAGAGGCAUCUCCUUCAUGAAGUCAGUCUUGGGAGCUCGGUAACCUCCAUUGCGAUUUUCAGCCAUGCGACCCCCAUUCGAUGUCUCAUUGCAGGCCUGCUGGACUGUAAUCCCAUGAUGUCGCAGAGAAUAUGUAUAGAUGAUUCCUCCGUUACGGUUCUUGAGCAUUCAUUGAGAACAGGGUGGCAAAUAAAAAGGCUGAAUGAUACUGCACAUCUCAGGCUUCUCUAGAUGCAAGAUGUUGCUGUUCAUGAGGAACUAGAUGAUGUGUGUAUCGGUGAAUUGUAAAGAAAUUAUCUGAUAGCAUUCUGCUAAUCAGAUGAUGAGGUCAACUGCCAUCAGAAGUGGAGUCUGCUCACUGUAUUUCAUUUGUAUCUACUGCCAUAUCUCUGUGCCAGGAAGGUCUAGGCUGUAAUGGUGCUGUGCUGUAUUUUUUGUUAUUCUUUUUUUCUAAAUUAUUUUGUCAAGUAUAAUUUCAAUCUGAAUA